AUGGACGUGAGCCGCGUUGAUCCCGAGGAGGCGCUUGUCGAUGCGGACACGGUGGACCAUGCGGAUGUUUCUAUGGAGCUCGACGAGCAGGGCACCGGCGGGCCUGCUGAACAUGGCAAGGAGGAUAAAGUGCUCGUGUCUAUUCGCGUCCGCCCGACCGACACCGAGAUAGCAUGGGACCUCUCCGCCGCACAGACGCUCAAGCUCAUCCCCUCGCACGCGCGCUCCGCCUCUGCCCUACCGCAAUACCACUUCGACGAAGUCCUCACGGGCACCGCCAACCGCCCCGUGUACACGCGCGUCGCGCGGGGCCACGUGGGCGCCGCGAUGGACGGGUACAACGCGGUCGUGUUCGCGUACGGGCAGACGUGCAGCGGCAAGACCUUCACCCUCGUGCGUAUCACCCCCCAUCCCAGCUCACCCAUCGACAAUGAGGAGCCGGGGAUCAUCCCGCUCGCGAUGAAAGACGUGUUCGCGCACAUCCGGCGCACGCCCGCGCGCGAGUAUCUCCUGCGCUGCUCGUACAUCGAGAUAUACAACGAGCAGCUGCACGAUCUGCUCGCGGCGCCGUCGACGGCGGCGGCUGCGCCGGUGCAGCUGCUGGCUGGGGGCGUGCUCAGUCCGCUGCGGGAGGAGGUCGUGACGAGUCUCAAGGGCGUGCGCGCGGUGCUUGAGCGCGGGGCGAGGAAUAGGCGGACGGCGUGUACGGACUGGAACGAGCGGAGCAGCAGGAGUCAUAGUGUGUUUCGGCUGGUCAUUGAGAGUCGUGAGCGCGGCGCGACGGGUGAAUGCGGGGUAAAUGGGAGGACGACGCCCGCGGCGGCUGGUGGGAGGCAGACGCCGAGCAGGCCGCAGACGCCGUAUAGUCGGCCGUGUACGCCUGGUGGGACGCGGUUGCAGACGAUCGGGGGGCGGAGCGUGCAGACGAGUGUGCUGAGUCUGAUUGACCUAGCUGGGUCGGAGAAGGCGACGUCGGACAAGGAGCGGACGCGCGAGGGCAAGUUCAUCAACACCAGCCUGCUCACCCUCGGCACCGUCAUCUCCACGCUCGCCGAGAACGCGUCCAAGGCCAAGGCGGACCACGUCCCGUACCGCAACUCGAAGCUCACGCGGCUGCUGCAGCCCUCUCUCGCCGGCGACGCGCGCAUCAGCGUCGUGUGCACGAUCAACCCCGAGCCGGCGGCUGUCGGCGAGAGCACGAGCACGCUGGGCUUCGCGUCGCGCAUCAAGAAGGUGCAGCUGCACGCGCGCAAGAGGGAGGUGGUGGAUGCGGAUGCGCUCAUUGAGCGGUAUAGGAAGGAGAUCGAGGGGCUUAGAGCGCAGUUGGCGGCGCGGGAGGCGAUGGCUGCGGAGGAUCGCGAGGUUGCGCGCGCGGGGGAGCCGGCGGCGGCGGCGGCGGCGGCGGUGGGUGGGAGCGCGAGCAGCAGGCGGAGGGUGAGUAGGCAGGAGAGGGAGGAGGAGAGUGUGGCGAUGGGGGAUUUGAAUGCGCGGAUUCAGCAGCUGACGAGGCUGAUUCUGACGAGCCAGAGUGUGGGCGAUGCGAUUGAAGGCGUCGGGGGAGGGAGUGUCAGUGUCCCGGGGAGCCCGAGCAGGCUUGAUUUCGACAUGAGUCCGUAUCAGCUGCAGCAGGAGCUCCUCGCCGCGCGCCGGCAGAUCGACUCGCAGGCGAACCAGAUUCUCUCGCUCGAAGAGGCGCUGCUCGCGCGCCCGCUGAUCCCGCCCGACGCGCCCGAGUCGCAGAAGGACAGGCUGCUCGCGGAGCAGGGGCGCACGAUCCGCGAGCUCGAGAUCGUCGUAAGGGGGUACGAGGAGAAUCUCGGCGAGCCGCUGCGCGCUGUCAGGGAGGAUGUGGAGCACGAGUGGGAGGGGAAGGUGCAGGAGGAGCGGAGGAAAAGGGAGGAAGGGGAGGUGUGGGCGCGGGAGGUGGUCAGGGAGCUGGAGAGGGAGAAGAGGGCGCGUCAGAAGCUGGAGGAAGAGCGCCGUGCGCUCACGGCGUUUGUGUCCAAGUUUGAUUCGAUCGGGUCGAGU